AUAAUGCUGACUUUUGAACGAAACGCCAUAACGUUUUAUGUGCCGGUAUUGAGUUUCCAGCAGCUGUUAUUUGUAUGUACUCUGCGUUGUUGCAUCAUACAGACGUUUUAAGCUUACAGUUCGUUUAAUUUGUGAUCAAUUAUUGUUCCAAUGGAUUUAGAAGUUAAUAAUAAUACUCGAAAAAGAAGAAAUGUUGAACAAUGGGCGAAAAAUAUACGGAAAAAGAAAAGAGAUUCAGGAGAGGAAUAUACUUCUGUGAAAGGCGUUCUUGUGGCUGAGAAAACUCCACCAUCCGAGGAUCCUUGUCACUGCAAAUUUGCAUGCAACGAUAUAAGACAUACGACAAAGAUCGAUCUCUUCACAAAAUUUCAUAAAUUGGAUUACAAUGGUCAACAAAGUUUUCUGAGGGGUCUUAUUCGUCCAACUCAUAUAAAACGUCGUAGGCAUGGACGUUAUAAGCAUACAAGUGAUAGUCAUCGACAGCGAACAUACAGAUAUAUGUUGCCUCUACGGGGUGAAUCAGAAGUUCAAGUUUGCAAAAAAAAACGUUUUGUAAAACAUUCAGUAUCUCACAAUGGCGUGUUCAGUUACUGUCUGAAAAAAUAGUGGAGGGCAUUAUUGAUAUGAGUGACCAGCGUGGUGGUUCCAGACCCAAAAAAAAUAGUGAGUGGAAGUCUAAAAUUUUGGAGCACAUAUCAUCUUAUCCUACUCUUGAAAGCCACUACAGUCGCCAGGAUAAUCCCAACAAGAAAUUCUUAUCACCGGACUUAUCAGUUGCUGCUAUGUACUGAGAAUUCAAAGAGAGAAAUGAGUUGGUGGAUGUAAACCAUUGCCCUGUAUCCCGGCAGUGGUAUUACAAGGUUUUUAGGAAAAUUUUAACCUCAGCUUCGGACAGCCGCGAUCUGACACUUGUGGAACUUGUGAUAGACUUAAAAUAUUGAUAGAUGCAGCUGAAACUGAGGAA